UUCAUAUUCAUUCAUCUACGAAGAUUAAUUAAACUAGGGAGAGACAAAUUUUCAUUAAUUCAUUCGAAUCAAAUUAUUAAAAAUAUUCAUUUAAUAUUUCUUACAAUUAUUUAAACUGAUAGCAAUAUGAGUGUAUUUGUUGAUCCUCGUCGCAAGGACAAAGUUGUUCGCUACAAACCACCACAAAAUCAAGCUCAAGGCGGAAAUGGAGAAGAUCUUAUGCCCGACUACAUGAAUAUUUUAGGUAUGAUUUUCUCAAUGUGCGGCCUAAUGAUGAAGCUUAAAUGGUGUGCAUGGUUUGCCCUAUAUUGUUCCUGCAUUAGUUUCGCAAGUUCUAGAGUUAGUGACGAUGCAAAACAGGUUUUAUCAUCAUUUAUGCUUAGUGUAAGUGCAGUUGUAAUGUCCUACUUACAAAAUCCAGCUCCAAUGACACCACCAUGGGCUUCAUAACACAAUAUUCAAAACUAAAAAUUGUUUUUAAGUUCUUUUUUAAAGAUAAUUAUUAUGUGUUCCAUGCGAAGCAACCAAAACAAAAAAUAUGUGUAAUUUGCAAUUAUAGUAAAAUAUAAGUUGAAUAAUUUUGAAACUAAUAAAAAUUAAAAUA